AUGGCGACCACCGCGCGCCUUCCCGGUCCAACUGUGACAAGCCACGUUAUCGAACAGAAGCUGGACGUACUAUUUGCCAGCUUCUGGCACAAGAUAAAGGGUAGAACGCAGCCACCUACCUCACAACAGCCACACUGCCAAUCGACAAAGCGGCUCCCUCCAACUCGGAGGAGCGCUCCGAAGGUCUCACCCACAGGACAGGCCUCAUCAUGGCGGCGGCCCAAGCUGCACAAGAGGCGGAAACACCGCAUGAGACGGCACCGGAGGCACACGGCACAGAGGAGAAGCAAAACCCGAAAUGCUCACCUCCUCCACCCGGCGGGACCCAGGAUUAAAAGCCCACAAUAUCUCGCCCAAUCUCGGAUCCCCUCCAAGGACGACCGGAACGACGGCAAUCUCACAAGGGCGGUCUCACACCGGGACGGAGGUCAUCAAUGGCCCAUCCAUGGCCCACACACAGGGCUCCUGCACCAAGCCUCCAGAGUUGGCGUGGGGUGA